AUGAGACUCAUGCUGAAUGAUUCCCAGUUCCAGAAAUUAGGAUCCAUAAUUAAUGAUGUCAAUAACUCUAAAGGUUCAGAUUGCAAUGCCACAUCUAUAUGCCAAAUUUCUGACAUUCUAUUUAUAGAAUCUGAAGAAUCAACAAUUAAUAACGAAUGUAAUUGUAAUCUGGGGAAUAUUAGUGGUGAUGACAAUGACAAUAACAAUGAUAAUGAUGAUACUGAAGAAUUAUCAUCUUGUGAAGAAAAAGUUCUGUUAAUUAAAGCCGGUUUCUCUGCCUGUAUUAGAGCUUUUACUUUUGAGGGAUUUGAUUCACAACAUACUAUUGCAAGAGUAAUUCGAAUACUUAGAAGAUUCUUAAAAGGAGUUUCUUUGAUUAGUAUUAGUUGUAAUCUCCACAAAGAAAUGUUACAAGGCUUAAGUGUGAUUUUUGGUAUGGUGCCAGAUUUUAAUCUUUUGAGAGUACUUCAAGCUCCUCUCAAAAAUUACUUGUUUUGGUGUUAUACACAAUCUGAAGAUGAUUAUGUUAUUAAUAACUCCAGAAUACUUCUUUGUGUUAUUACUUGGAUGAGAGAGAUUGCUAGUAAUAACAAUUCCAACAAUAAUACCAGUAGUAACGGUAGUAAUAAUAACUUUAAUAGUAAUGGAAUUAAGUAUGGACUCACAUUAUCCAGCCAAGAAUUACUCAAUUUUCUGAUUUCAGAUUUAAAUAAUUCAGCAGAACAUUUCCAGCAAGAAUCUAAACUUUCUUUAAACUGUUCCGACUCUUCUAUAUUGGAACUUAAAAAAAGAAUCCUUAGGAAUCUUGAGUUAUUUUCUAUUCUGAUUAUCUAUUCUGGAGUAUAUCUUCCAUCAAAUUACAAUAUAACCAAUUUAAGUAACAAUUUUUUUAAUACUGGUGGAAAUUUGGAAAAUGCAUGCAAAAAAGAGGCGGGAAGUCCGGUUACCACAUUGAUCACCCCUCAGAUUAUGCAGGUUCUAGGUAAUUUGAGGAUUAUCAUAUUAGAAGAGGUUUAUAGAGUAGUAGAUGAGUUUGUAACUAUUUACUUGGAAAGAGAUAGUGAAAACCCUGAGAUUUUUAAUGGUGAAGUUAAAAUAAAGGCGAGUGGAAAGUCAAAGCCAAAUAAUGAAUUGGUUAUGGAUGAGGAAAAUAACAAUAAGUUCGACCAGUUAAAUAAAAUCAGAAUAUUGACUUCCUUGAUUUCCGAUAUAUUUACAGUGAGGAAUAGUAGCAAUAAGUUGAAGAGUAAAGAAUAUUCAUCUUCAUUUAAUGAAGAUGGUAGUAUUCAACUUGAACUAUUCACAAAAGUGGAGUACAUAUUAAUGUUAACAUACCUUUACCAGGAGAUCUUUGAAAAUUUACUAAAGGUUUCAGGAAAAACUGGUUUAGUUGUUUAUUCUCAUAUGAUCCAGGAGUAUUUAAUUUCAGUUUUUUCAAUAGAGUAUGUACCUUCAACUUAUUACAAGUUCCAAAAUACUGAAAUAUCUCAAUUCCUAUUAAAAAAUUAUCAUUCUAGCAUAAUAUUUGCAUUUGGUCUGGUUCCAGAAACUAGAUUUAAUGAUUUUGAUUUCCAGAUCUUCCUAUCUUUUAAUGCAAGUUUGAAAAUAUUGGAAUAUUACGAGGAACUUCUCCAAGAAAUAAGCAGUAUUCAAGAAUUUUCUAUAGAAUUAGCAAACUCCAAUUCAAAUUCAAUAAACAAUCCUCAAAAUUAUACCAAAUUUUCAACCUAUAAAGAUAUUAUGAUAAACAAAUCAAUAAUUCAAAAACUUCUCUCUCUCACAUUAACUUAUAGUCUUGCCAAUAGUAUAAUUCUGGGCCUAAGAUAUACAAGAGUUGCCAAAGAAUUCAGACAAAGAGAACCAUAUUCAUCCUUAGAUAGAUUAAUCAAUAAAUACCAUAUUUUAAGUUCAAAAGUCUUAUACAAUAUAGUUAUUAAGAAUUGCCAAUUGUUCAAUUUAAAUCUUCUUGGAAUGCAAAAUUUAAUUAAUUCAGACCUCCAGAUCAAAAAGAUCAUCAUUGAUCUGACUUAUCAGAUAUCCAAUACGAUUUCCGAAUACUACCAAGAUUCCGAGAUGAACCCAAAUCUUGCAGUUUUUAGUAAUAUCCACCAAAUCUUUAACUGUCUUUUAUUCAAUCUCGAUUAUGACCUCAAAGAUGAGCGAAUUGAACCAAUUUUCAAUUUCUUUAGUUCAAAAGUUUAUUCAAACUCUUUCUCUAACGAUAAUGACGAUAACAAAUUUCUAAGAUCAAGUAAUAUGAAUAAUGUUUUUCUUCAUGCAUCUUUUUGUGAUUAUUCUAAGAAAGACUUACUUUACCUUGAUUAUAAGGAUGAAGACUUUUCUGUUCAAUCUGAUUACAAACCGGAAUCCCCAUCCUUGAGCCAGCCACCGCAAGAGGAAGCUUUUUCACUUUCUUCUUCUUCAUCACCCUCAUCUUCAUCUUUGCAAAGCGAAGAACCCAAAGAAUUAAUUACAACUUCCAUGGACACAAAGGAAAGCUUAAAAUUUGAGUCUGAGAAAUUGAAUCAAGAUGAAAGUUUUAAAAAAGAUUUGUCUGAUAUGGAUAAUAUUGACCUUAGCAUGAAUUUGGAGUCUUCCUCUGAUGAAGAUGAUGAAUAA